CCUGAAUGUUGACAAGGCAAUCCGAAAGAGCGCAUAGACCAUAUACAGCUACACCCGGCUAUGCAUGCAGUAACGGUCAUCAGGCGAUACGACAAGUUGGACGUUUAUCGAUCUCGACGAAACGUUCGAGUUGGCGGCUCCUGUCUUGAAGUGUCUAUAAAGCCGCCGCUACAGCAAUGCUUCGGGCAAGCCCCCCCCGGUCAACUAACGUUGCCUCCGCCGUCGUGUUAUGCGUCUUCUCGAUACCACGACAGGGCAAUUCGUGGAGCUCACCCAGUUGGAAAUCGUGCUGUCCUAGGCCAAUCGAACCCCGCCGGGGUGAAGGCGAGACGUCUCAGUCCAUGGUGGAUGACAUUGAACUGGCUCUCAACGAGGAGGAUUCGCAUUGGCGAGCGCAUGGUACCGAUAGUCAGGGCCCUGCUGCCAUCUUACGCCAGCACUUAGAACGAAACCUCCGCCCCGCUCCCUACGCUCUGUUGUGGUUUCCUAUUCUAUUUUGAC